GUUUGAACGCAGACUGGUGUUUGGUCUUGGAGGAUCUUGGAGGCACAACAUCCCUUAUCCCCAAAUUCAUUGGUAUUUUUAAGAUACUACAAGCAUUUACGACAUAAGGAGGUUGCUUUUGUUUUACUCCUGAAGGCAUGGCAGCCAUGAGGUGCACAGAGAGUCUGAGAAAUGUCCCGGCUUCGCAACACUACACCCGGGUUCCGAGACCGGAACCCGGCGAGGGACCAGACUGGAAGACGAUGUUCUACAACCCGACGCGGUUUUCAGGUUCCAUGUUAAAGCCUGUCCACGCUCCAUGUAUGGAAUAUAUGCCGAUCAGUUGGGGUGGGUGGUGCCAGGGGGGUCCGGCAGUCCCAGACGUGUUGUGUCUGGCCGCAUCGCCAUUGGCUCGAGACGACUCGGGGACGGCUCGCCACCCCCUUGGAAGGAGACGGGAGGAUGACGGCCGGAGAGGCCCUCGCGGAGCAGCUCUGCGAGGCCAUCUCGCCCUAUGAGGAUGUGAGGGGUUACUUGCACCAGACAGUGCUUCCGAAUCUCGGCUUGGCGAUCGAAGACUUGCUGCACCAAGUGCACGCCAGCGGCGAGCUCCAGCGAGUGCUCCGCAAGGAGCCUGAGGAGCGUUCGGCCGUUCGGCCGCCGCGCGAAAAGCGGCAUGAGGAGCCGGAGGACAGCAUGGAGGUCAGGCGCCAGAACACUGGCGGCAGCAGGAAGCCUUCGUUGAACGGAGGUUCGGCUUCAGCCAGCCUCUCCACCAGCUCCUUGAAUGAUGGCACUGGCUCGACCAACGUCCGCGACGGCACGAUGAGCGCGCCCCCGGUGAUCCGGCGCUAUAGCAACUCUUCGGAUGCGCAGGUGCCUCCACCGCCCAUCCUCGAAUCUCCCGAGGAAGCCAAAUUUGAUCCUUUAGUUUGGCUCUCUGAGCGCUUGAAGCAAUCGACGUCGGCUGAAGCGGCUCCUUUGUCCGCCGAAGCUCGCAGCAAGAUCAAGGAGCGCGUGGUGCUGCAGAUUAAGGCAGCUGAGGCGGCCGAAGAAGCGGAACGCCAACGCUUGGCGGAGGCAGAGGCUUUGCGGGCUGAAGAGGGGGAGAUGGCCACCAUUGCAGAGACGCCCAGAGAGAGCUAAUUUGUGCCUUUCUGAAGCUGUUGGAGGAUCCCAAGACAAGGACGUCUAGAUCAG